UGAAUUAAUUGCUAAUUUUAAUAGAAUUAUGCCGGUUAGAUCAACAGAAGCUCACCGCGCAUUAGAACAACUCGAAGCCUUUCAUGCAGCCUUGACUCGCCCAUCCGACUCCGAUUUGCGUUGUGCCAUUGAAAGGGUUAUUGGCCUCUUCAAAACUAAUUUGUUUCAAGCUCUUUUAGAUAUUCAAGAUUUUUAUGACAAUACUUUAAUUAAUGAAAGAGUGCCUUUAGACUUGAAAACAUUGGAAACAAAAAAACUUGCAGAAAAAUGGGAAACAAAUCCCCCAUUUUCAACGGGAAAAUCUUCUUUAUUUGGAGAAGGGCAACAACGCCGUCCCCCUCCCCCUCCAAUAUUUCCUUCUACUUAUGCUGCAACAAGUAAUGGUUUGCCUUAUACAAAUGGGGUUGGAGGAGGGGAUACAAAUGAACCGUUGACGACUAAAACAACUUCGCAACAUUCCUACUCGUACCAUGAACAAAGUCGGCAUUUGACAAAAGAUGGUUGGCAAACAUCCGAAUAUAAAACAAAAACAUUGGAUACACCAGGCAGUUUUCAAACAGAAACGGUUAGCAAUGUUGGAUUAAUAGACGAUCAGGGACGUGAAUGGGAAAUUGAUGACGUUGUAUUGGAGAAAAAUCAAUUUGGAUUGGGAUUUUCAAUUUCUGGUGGUAAAGAUCACAGCACAGGGCCAGAGAUUCGAGUAACUGAUAUUUCGCCUGGAGGAGCAGUUGCUCGCGAUGGACGUAUUCAAGUUGGCGAUAUUAUUUUGAAAGUAAAUACAACAGAAACUGUUAAUGUCCAACAUCAAGUAGCAGUUGACGCAUUAAAAAGUUCUGGAAGUGUUGUUCGUUUGUUAGUUAAACGUUUAAAACCUCCCUUGGCUACAGCAGAAACUUUUCGUUCAUCUCCAAUCGAGCCAUUAUCCAGAAUUUCUCCAGUAAGCCUUUCUGCCUCAAAUUUCAAUAUUGGGACAUCUCCACCAAUUGUUCCAAGUCAUCAACAACCAAUUAUUAGUGAAGCUAUUCGAGAUUUGGAAAGAAAACCGGGGGUUAAAAGAAUGGAAUUAAUUAAGAUGCUCAAUGCCGAUGGUCGCUCUAAAGGUUUAGGAUUUAGUAUUGCUGGAGGUGUUGGAAAUCAACACAUUCCUGGCGAUGAUGGAAUAUUUGUAACACGUAUUAUAGAAGGCUCACCAGCUUAUUUUGAUGGUCGUUUACAAAAAGGAGAUCAAAUUUUGGCAGUAGAUAAUAUUAUAUUUAAUAAUGUUACACAUCAAUUUGCGGUACAAACUUUGAAGAAUACUGGGGAGAGAGCAAGCCUUCUUUAUAUGAAAAAUCCACAUCCAGAAUUGCCUUUAGAUGGAAGACAAUUAGAUGAAAGUGAUCGAUCUAGAUCUUUACAGACUUUUGAAACUAUUGGUGGUGGUAUAACUUCCCCAACAGCAGCCGAUUCCCAUUCAAUUGGUGGAGGCUUUUCAUCAACAACCCAACAAUUAAAACAACCACAAUUUGAUGUCCCUCGUUUAGUUCGUUUACGUAAAUUGGAUACGGGAUUAGGAUUUAAUAUUGUUGGUGGAGAAAAUGAAGAACCAAUUUAUAUUAGCCAUAUACUUCCUGGAGGGGCUGCAGAUUUAAAUGGAAAUAUUAAAAAGGGAGAUGUUCUUUUAAGAGUUAAUGAUGUUGAUUUGUCUCGUGCCACACAUGCUCAAGCUGCACAAACUCUUAAAGCUAUACCUCUAUAUUCUGAAGUUCAAUUAUUGCUUAAAUACAGACCUUUAGAUUUUCAAAAUUUUGAACAAAAAUUGGAACGUUUAAAAGCAGAAAUGAUUUUAAUGCAACAACAACAACAAUUACAACAGCCAUAUAUUCAACAACAACAACAAACUGAUUUUUAUGUUCGUGCUCUUUUUGAUAAUGAACCUUCUAGAGAUACUGGAUUACCUCACCGUUCAUUAUCUUUCCGUUAUGGCGAUAUUCUUCAUGUAUUAAAUGCUACUGAUGAUGAUUGGUGGACAGCUAGAAGAGUAAUGGAUAAUUUAAGUGGUGAAGAAGGCCCAGAGGGAAUUAUACCUUCAAGAAAAAGAGUAGAAAAACGUGAAAGGCAAAGAAGAAAACAAGUAAAUUUUAAUGCUGGUAGUCAAAGUUUGGGGCGUAACAGCACAACUUCGGGAGCAUCAGCAGCUGGGUUGGGUGGAAUGGAAGGUCGUCGAGGUUCUCGAAGUCAACUAUCCUUUUCAAGAAAAUUUCCUUUUGUUAAAUCAACAGAAAAACUUAAUGAAUACAAUUCUGAUGGGGCUGAAAGAAGGUAUCGCAGACUUAGGGAAAAAGCAUCAGCAACAAAUUAUCCAUCAACAUCUACAGCAGACCCUUCUUAUAUUGUUAGUGAUAGUGAAGCAAAUCAGAAUACUCGUUCUAGGAGAAAUAAAAGGGAGGAAAAUGAAGAAAAGUCAAAAGAAAAUCAACAAAAAAUUAAAAAGAGACAUUCUCAACAUUGGAAUUAUGCCCUAGUUGAUGAACCAAUCCAUUCUUACAAAAUUGUGCAAAUGAAACAAAUUUCUUAUAUUCGUCCAGUAAUUAUUCUUGGAGCUUUAAAGGAUCGAAUAAAUGAUGAAUUGGUAACACAAAAUCCUGAACGUUUUAGUAGUUGUGUUCCACAUACAUCUAGACCUGUUAGAGAUGGUGAAGUGAAUGGAAGAGAUUAUUAUUUUGUAACAAAAGCAGAAAUGGAACGAGAUAUUAAAAACAAUUUAUUUAUUGAAGCUGGACAAUUUCAAAAUAAUCUUUAUGGGACAAGUAUUGCUGCUGUACGUGAAGUUGCGGAUUCUGGACGCCAUUGUAUUUUGGAUGUUUCUGGUAAUGCAAUACGUCGAUUACAAGACGCUGCCAGAAUUUAUCCAAUUUCUAUUUUUGUUAAGCCUUUUAGCUAUCAACAAUUGCGUGAUUGGUCAGACCAACAAUUAACAGAUGAGGACGCCCUUAAACAAUAUGAACGUUGCCAACGACAAGAGCAAAACUUUGGGGAUUUAUUUACUUCAAUAAUAACUGGUCAAACAGCAGACGAAAUUUAUGCGCGUGUUUUGCGUAUAAUUAAUGAACAAUCAAGCAAUGAUAUUUGGGUGCCUACAAAUGAACAGUUGCCAUGA